UUGAUACGAGAAGCUUCUGAUAACACCGUAUCUUAAGCGGGUACAAACAUUGCACAGUUGAUUCAACCAGUCAAUCAUCAUGGCCGAUUUGUACGGCAACCUGCGAAAACGUCAGACCCGGGAUUACGACUUGGAAGAACCGGAUAUCGUGAUAGACAGAGAUGACGUGCCCGCCCGGAAGUCGGACACGUUUCACUGGGAUAUAUGGCUCUUGUUGGCCUUUGAGAAUUGGAUCUUUGAUUUCGGACGUCCGAUAGCGGCAUUGUUUGUACCUGUAGAGUGGUUUCCCCUGAGCCAGCCCAGUAUCGGCGACUACUUCCAUAUGGCAUACAACGUCAUUACACCUUUCUGUAUUCUCAAGCUGAUUGACCGAAGUUCCAGGAAAUUAUCGUCGACCUUGACCCAUUUAUGUGUGAUAAUCUUCGUCAUGGGGAGCAGUAUACACCUAGUGGGGGAUUCCAUCAAUCACCGCCUCGUCAUCAUCGGUUAUCAGCUCCACCUGUCGGUCAGGGACAAUCCCAUCAUGCAAACUCUACAGCCAAAGGAACUGAUCGACUCUUUUGAACUAUUGUAUAAUUACGACGAAGUUAUCGGGCACCUUAUGUGGUACAUUCCAUUCUUCAUAUGUUUUUUCCUGUAUUUUACUGGCUGUUUCAAAGCCAAACACGAGCACAUGAGCGUGAAAACCGGUCCUGCGUGGUGGCUACUGGUGGUCAUUAGUGGACUCUACUACUGGUAUCUCGUUACCGAGGGACAAAUCUUCAAUGUCUACAUACUUACCUAUAUUGCAAUGGUCAUCUUCUGGGUGAAGGAAAAGUCGAGAGGACAAAUUCUGGACAUUAACGGACGAUUUCUGUUUCACACAUUCACCAUAACUCUUGUCUUGGUGACCAUUUGGGUUGCUUUGCUUUGGAAUGACACGGUGCUGAGGCAAAAAUAUCCCGGGGUAAUUUAUGUGCCGGAACCAUGGUCAUUUUAUACCCUUCAUUUGAAGGACCAGAAGCCAUUACACGAAGUCAAAUUUCCGCGAUUCUGAGAUUGGGAUAGAUUAUAUGGAUAGAUUCUAAGGGGAAUAUUUUUAGUAUUGGUCUUAUGACGUUUUAUUUUUCCCAGUAAGGAUAUGAGAAUAUAUAUAAUAUAUAUAUGUGAGAUUUUCGAUCGAAAACUAACAAAUCUAUUUCGCUAAACUAUAUAGUGUUAUAUAAUUGGAAUUCGAUUCCAGUUUUUGUUUUCUAUAAUCAUAUAUAUAAUGUAUACCUUUCAACACAAGCAAUACCAAUUGGAUGAAAAUGUGUGAAAAGAAGAGUGAUUUUGAGAAUUUCACAAAUACCUCUAAGUCACGUAAAGUAGGAUAGUUGUACGUUUACAAAAGUUGAUAAUUAUAUUAGAUUCAGUCUUAUUUUAUCUAUCAGACUAAAAUAGUAAAGGAAAGCAAAUUGUAUGUCUGUAUAAAGUAUGAUAAGAUUUUGUGAUACAAUAUUUCAUGAUGUUUGCAAAAGUUUAUCAUUGUGCGGUGUGAAUGAGUAUGUUUUUAAUCGAUUGAAUAGUAUAAAUUAUUUUUAUGGUAAUAGACUAAAUGUGUUUGAAAUAAAGUCAUAAAAGCGAU